AAUUGUAGUAAUAAUCUGAUGGCCUGAUCUCUUUGUAUAAAACACAUGUUCCGACAAGGGACUGAAGAAGGGUCUUGACCCGAAACAUCACCCAUUCCUUCUCUCCAGAGAUGCUGCCUGUCCCACUGAGUUACUCCAGCGUUUUGUGUCUAUCUUCAAUGUAAACCAGCAUCUGCAGUUCUUUCCUACACAUAUUCCCACAACUAGGCAAAUAUCAUGUCAACAUUAGUCCCUGUUAUCGUGCAUCACUGGAUUGGGUUUGUCAUAAAAUAUGUCAUCACAUCAAGUUGCCGACAUUCGGGCCAUUUCACCCCCAGCACUAAACCGGGCAGCUGCAUCAAACUCACACAGAUCAAGAAAUUCAGGUAAACAACGAGGGAAUAUCUUGCGUCUUUGCGCCCAUGGUACCUGAAGCAGGUGUUCUCCUCUGACCCAGGGACCCCUGCACACGAGGCUGAACUAUCCGUGUUCCACCCACACGUUCUGCUGUGUAUCUGCAGGUUAAAAACUGAAAGAUGCCAAAAAAGAGAGGGGCGCAGGGGAAGAAGGUCACCCUGAAGAUGGCCAAGAAGUCCAUGAAGAUCACGGUGGAUGGGAAGAGGCGCUUGGACCUCAGCAACAUGGGCAUCGGAGCCUUCCCCAGGUGCAUCUUAAAGCUGGCCGACAUCGAGGAGAUAGACCUCAGCAGAAACAUGAUCAAAAAAAUCCCUGACUACAUCAACAAGUUUACAAAGCUGCGAUACCUAGACUUUCACACGAACAAGAUAGAGAAAAUCCCAGAGAAUAUUGGGCAGCUGGAAUUACUUUACUACCUGGACCUGUCCAAUAACAAACUCACCUCCGAUGGCUUGCCCUUGGAACUCAAUCAGUUAAAGAAUCUCCGCGUCCUGAACCUUGGGCUGAAUUCCAUGGAUAUGAUUCCAACCACCCUUGGCACGUUAAAGGAACUGAAGGAGAUUGGACUGUUUGACAACCGCAUCACGUACUUGCCGGAGAAAAUCACCAAGUUGCCAAAACUGAAGAAGUUAAACGUAUUGCGCAAUCCUUUCACCACGCCACAGGUACCCGAAGAGCCAAUUGACACCAUUGAUCGCAUUGAGGAUAUUUACCUGGCCAAGAAGAGCAUGCUAUGUCGCCCCUGCCUCAAGAAGCUACAGCGAGAGAGGAACAAGUGGAGCAAGGUGAAGCAGAUGACUGAGAUGGAUGAGGAGCCAGACUUCACUGGCCUCCUUGCUCCCAACUCUGUUGCUAAACAGAACGAGGUUGCUUGGCGUGUCGUAGAAUGAGAAACUGAACUCAAUCCAUCCCAAUCAUUAGGUUCAAAAUGACCCAGUAACAAAUAAAAUUAAUUGUCUUGACUACCUUUAGAUAAGGUCGUAAAUUCGUAAGUCAUUGGAGCAGAACUAGGCCAUUCAGUCCGCCUCUGCCGUUCAAUCAUUGCUGAUCUAUCUUUCCCUCUCAACCCCGUUCUCCUGUCUUUUCCCAGUCACCUUUGACACCCGUACCAAUCAAAAACCUGUCAAUCGCUGUUUUAAAAAUGCCUGUUGACCUCACCUUCACAGCCGUCAGUGGCAAUGAAUUCCACAGAUUCACCACUAAACUGACUAAAGAAAUUCCUCCUCAUCUCCUUUCUAAAGGUGUGUCCUUCUAAUCGGAGACUAUGCCCUCUGGUCCGAGACUCUCCCACGAGUAGAAACAUCCUCUCUACAUCCUCUCUACCCUAGAGCUCUCCCGAGUGGUACUUCAUCACGAGUAUUUUUGUUUACUCUUGGAAAUUUUCCCCACUGUUGAAAAAACGUCACGAGUUUCCGCGUUUCCCGAGUACUUGUCGUUAGCGUUACGAGCCGCUACGAGACAUCCACGAGCUCCGACGUACCCGCCUCGCACAUUCUACGUACUUACCACGAGUUUGACUUUUUUUUAACUCGGAAGAGCUCUUGGGCAAACUCGCAUGGUGGGACAGGGCCUUAAUAACACUGACCGUAUUAUCAUAAGUAGACUGAUUAAGAAUUUUAGUUGUAUGUAUAUAUAGCUGCAAAAUUCUAAUUGAAAAGUUCAUUGAAAAAUGUUUCUCCCAAUUCAGACUAUGUACAGGCCGAUGUCCUUACUAAAUGUUGUAAGGAAUGGUCACUGACAAUUCCCAUUUUUAUUGUAAUAUGAUUGUCUCCAAGAUUGUGUGGCUUUUUUUCAAGACCAUAGGAAUGUUUCAGCAAAGCCAGUGUUUUAACACCAUCACAAAUAAAAUGCUGUGAGGUUGAAUUUGCUCCUGCAAGUUUGGAAGAGAAUUUCUCCCAAUCCAGUGCUCAUAUUCCAACUGUUUAAGAAGGAACUGCAGAUGCUGGAAAAUCGAAGGUAGACAAAAAUGC